CUUUCCUCUCUUUCUCUCUCUCCCUCUCUCACGACGCUUCGAUUAUUCUCUUCUCACUCACUCUCUCAAUCACUUCAUUCAUCAUUCCUAUCUUCACUUCACUUCACUUCUCUUCUCUUUGUCUCGUUCUCUCACACUCUCAAAUCCAAGUUCCCGAAAAAGGCCUCUUUCAUCCAAAUGUUCUCCUACAUAUAGAUUAUAUAUAUAUAUAUAUACACAAAAGUCAUUUCUCAGAACCCUAGCCAGAGAACAAAGAUUAUCACUUUACACCACCGUUAAUGGCGGAGCUACAGCCCCCGGAGGGCCAUACCAACGGCGGGGCGGUGACUUCGGCCGCUGAGAACGUCGGCACGAAGCGACAGCGCAGGCCAAGCGUUCGGUUAGGGGAUAUCGGAGAUCAGGCCUACGAUUCCCACUCGAAUCGGAGAACUAAGCAGUGGAAGCUUCCGAUGAAGGACUCAGGCAAGGGUUCCAAGACCCGAGUUUUGAUGAAUUUGAGCGGUAGUGGUGGUGGUGCCGGAGAAUAUUACGAAACCCUAGAUGCUGAUGAGAGGGAGGGAAACUUGGAUAGCGUUGCGAUUGGGAGUUGGAGAGUGAAGGAUUCGAAGUCGAAGAGAGGUUCGACGAAGCGAGUUAGGUCUAAUUGGGCUUCCAAGCUCGAUGACGGUGGUGGUGCUGGUGGUUGUAGUGGCGAAGGGGACGAGAAGUUGAGCGGUGGAGAAGAUGUUGAUGAUGGGUUUAGGGAUUUUUAUACUGAGGGUUUGGAGAGUCCGUUGAAGGAACAGAGUCCAAUUCACUCUUUGGAUAAUAUGGCUGUUGAUGAGAAUAGAGGCCACGAAAGGGAGGUUCAUUUUCAUGGGAAUAGAUUGGGUGCUAAAGUUAGGGUUUCCGACCAUGAUGGGGUUGAAUUGGAUGGUCCAUCCGAUACCGAUGCUGGAAAUUGGAACAAUGUGGAAAGGAAUGGGGUUAGGGUUUGGCUGAAUCAAUUAGGUUUAGGACGGUACGCCCCGGUUUUCGAGAUACAUGAGGUGGAUGAUGAAGUUUUACCAAUGUUGACACUGGAGGAUCUCAAGGAUAUGGGAAUAAAUGCAGUUGGUUCGAGGCGGAAAAUGUACUGUGCCAUUCAGAAGCUAAGCAAAGGGUUUUCAUAAGGUUGAUUUGCCUAGUGGGUCGAUGCAAUUGAGAGAAAAUCACUCAGCUAUGGCAAUGAAUGACAGAAUGUCUGAACUGCUUCGAGCUUUUAAUGUAUUUUCUCACAACCUUUAGUAGUUUGUAGUUUUGGAAUGGAAUAGUUCUGUUUUUGUUCUUAAUAUAUUCUUUAUUGCCCUCUAUGCAUUUUAAUCUACUAAUGUAGUUUCCUAGUAGAUAGUGUUUUGAUAAGCUGCUAAAGUAGUUCUAGAGAAUAUCCAUAAGUUUUGGGAGAUGACAGGAAGGUGGUUAGCUAAUGAGAGAAAAUAGAUGAUGUAAUUUUGAGAAUGUUUA